UGUGAAACCGCGUCUGCAACAGUGUUCCUGCUCAAGAAACUAUUAUGUAUUCAAUUCAAAGUCUAAUUAUUUGAUUUUCAUUCUAAACUUUGUAAGACACAAUACCUAAAAGACUUCUCUUUCUCCCAUUCGUUUUUCUUCAUUUCUUGUCUCUUAAAUACAUUUAACUUCUCUUAUACAGACCCAUAUACUUUUUACAAAAGGAUAAGGAAAAAGAAAACAGAGCUUUUAGCUUUGCGUGUCUUUUCAUCUCAGUUCAUCUUUCUAGGAUUUUUGGGACGAAAGCCCAGUAAUCGAAGCAUUUUUCGUCGAAAAUAUACUUUUCCUAUCUGGAUGUAGGAUUUUCUCUUUGACCAAACAAGAAGAAGUAGCAGUUCCCAUGGGUUCCAAGUUUUGUAUGAUUCUUGUUCUUCUUUUACUAAUUGCCGGCGCUUUUGGUGGACUAUGUGACCAAAAGAAGAAUGUAAACCAGAAUAUCUCAACUCUCGCCGGAAUCGAGUUGCCUGAACACAUGAGCUUCAAUGCAGUUUCUUCCUCAACAAUAAAAACAGAUUGUAGCCUCUCCACUUCAAAGAAAGAUCAAAAACCUCAAUCUCAAAGAAUAUCUGUACAAGAAGAAGAAGAAGAAGAAGAAGGUGGUGAUGGUGAGGAAGAUGCUAAGAAGACGGUGAAAGUUGAAUUAAAGCACAGGUCGACGAAUAAAGAAUCUGAGGCCAAAAAAGAAUCUUUCAUCACUUCCACAACUAGGGAUUUGACGAGAAUUCAGACUUUGCACAAGAGGAUAAUAGAAAAGAAGAAUCAAAAUGCCAUUUCAAGACUAAAUAAAGACAGAAAUCAGCCAAAGGUUGGCUCAGAACCACCAGCAGCGUCACCGGAAUCUUACCCAGCUGAGCUUUCUGGGAAGCUAAUGGCUACUUUAGAAUCAGGGGUAAGUCUUGGCUCAGGAGAGUACUUCAUAGAUGUUUUCAUUGGUACCCCUCCUAAACACUUCUCUUUGAUUCUUGAUACUGGUAGUGACCUUAAUUGGAUUCAAUGUGUCCCUUGUGUUGAUUGUUUUGAGCAAAAUGGGCCUUAUUAUGAUCCUAAGGAUUCCAUUUCUUUUAAGAAUAUUAGUUGCCAUGAUCCUCGUUGUCGUUUAGUUUCGUCCCCUGAUCCUCCUCAGCCUUGUAAGGCUCAAAAUCAGACAUGCCCUUAUUUCUACUGGUAUGGUGAUAGUUCUAAUACCACUGGUGAUUUUGCAUUGGAAACCUUUACUGUUAAUCUCACAUCAACUGAAUUUAGGCGAGUUGAGAAUGUUAUGUUUGGUUGUGGUCAUUGGAAUAGAGGCCUAUUUCACGGGGCUGCAGGCUUGCUAGGACUUGGAAGAGGGCCUCUUUCCUUUUCCUCUCAGCUUCAAUCUCUAUAUGGUCAUUCCUUUUCAUAUUGCCUUGUUGAUAGAAAUAGUGACACUAACGUUAGUAGCAAAUUGAUAUUUGGGGAGGAUAAGGACCUUUUGAAUCACCCUAAAUUGAAUUUUACUUCUUUGGUCGGUGGAAAGGGAAACCCAGUUGAUACAUUUUAUUAUGUUCAAAUAAAAUCCAUUAUUGUUGGAGGAGAGGUGCUAAAUAUACCAGAGAAUACAUGGCAUUUAUCAUCUGAUGGUGCUGGUGGAACUAUUGUGGAUUCUGGUACUACACUCAGUUAUUUUGCUGAACCGGCUUAUCAGAUGAUAAAGGAUGCAUUCGUGAAGAAGGUAAAAGGGUAUCCUGUAAUAAAAGAUUUUCCAAUUCUAGAUCCUUGCUAUAAUGUGUCUGGGGUUGAUAAGAUAGAACUGCCUGAAUUCACAAUCUUAUUUGAAGAUGGAGCAAUGUGGAAUUUCCCUGUUGAAAACUAUUUUAUCAGACUUGAACCUGAGAAUGUUGUCUGCUUGGCCAUUUUGGGGACUCCUCAAUCUGCUCUGUCCAUAAUUGGCAAUUAUCAGCAGCAGAAUUUCCAUAUCCUCUACGACACAAAGAAGUCUAGGCUGGGAUAUGCACCCAUGAAAUGUGCAGAUGUAUAACAUAUUUUGUGUUUUUUUUUUUUU